UUCAUUGCUUCUGCGCAACGGAAGGAGCCGCCAGUGAACUUCCGAGGCCAGCUGUAUUAGCCGACUUGCGCACGAGUAGCGUCAAGAGACCAGGAAGUCCUCGGUUCCCGAAAUGGCUCUCGGUGGCAGUCCCCAGUCCCGACCAAAUUGUGCGAUCCUGACAGAUCUUGGGUCGUGGAUAAAAACCUACAAUAGGAGUUUGCAUGGCUUCAAGUCGCUAGCUAGGGGGUUGGUGGAAGACAGGAUCGCAGAUACUUCUGCUGACCGAUUCCCUAUGGAAUGGGAAGUAGCCUGCUUCGUGGUACCGGCGAAUUCUCGCGAGGAGAAUCUCUUUCCCGGGCCGAGAGCCUACUUCUUGCGUACGAUUAAUAGCGAUUCGGAGCUUCUAGCGUUCCUAGAGACUGAAAUCGAACUCCUCGACUUUCCCGUGGAGCCAGGCUACAAGAUAGAAAGCUGGUUUCAUCGAUUGAGCGGAAUCGAUUACCGAAGGAGGUUGAGAGAAAUCGAGGCGGAGAAACGGGGCUUGCCCCGAUCGAGGAAAAUUCACCCCCACUCGGACUUCUUGAGUGAACCUUCAUUUCGAGAAAGACUGGACCGUAGGCUUCGAUGCCUCGAGUGAAGAUUCCAUCUCCCGGGCUGUCCGCUUGGUUCCGUUCUCAUUCUUGACUACGAUCUGAAGCCAGAUGUAUAUAAUCAUCGAGCGCUCGCCCAUCGCCCCCGGAAACUUCCAGCAGCCUUCCCACUGGAAUCAGUCAAUCACGAAAAAACUACUGACGAUGAGGGGGUGCUUCGAAAUUCAUCCCUCGCCUCCACUUGUUCGAUUCGUGUGAACUCAUGGUUCGGUAUCCUCAGGUGAUGACAUCUGGGUUUAGUCGCUAUGAUGAAUGCAUCAAAAUAUCUGAGUUCCGUGAGCUUGGAUAGACAU